GUAGAGGGUGCGUUCUCUCUCUCUCGUCUAUCUCAAAAUCAUUACCUCCGUCACUCGCCCUGAUAUAUAUGCUCAUUCCAGCACUUGGAAAUCCACAUCACAAAGACGAUAAAAUUUCUGACCGACUUCAUGAAUAUGUAGAGGCACUUGGAAAUCCACAUCACAAAGACAGUCGAAGAAGCCACCUGCGAGAGAGAGUAUGGAAGGAGGGAUUAACCCAGAAGCAGCAGACGCGACGGCUUUCAGAGAGUGCUUCUCUCUCGCAUGGACGAAUCCUUAUAUUCUCCGCCUCGCUUUCUCUGCCGGAAUCGGCGGCCUCCUGUUCGGCUAUGACACUGGAGUCAUAUCUGGGGCGCUUUUGUACAUAAGAGAUGAUUUCAAGUCUGUGGACAGAGAGACCGUUCUUCAGGAAAGCAUAGUGAGCAUGGCGGUAGCCGGUGCGAUCAUCGGGGCUGCGGUCGGCGGAUGGAUGAAUGAUCGGUUCGGACGGAGAAGCACAAUCCUGGUCGCGGAUGUCCUCUUCUUCAUUGGAGCGGUUAUCAUGGCUUCUGCUCCAAAUCCGGCUCUCUUGAUCAUCGGGCGAGUCUUCGUCGGGCUCGGGGUUGGCAUGGCGUCGAUGACUGCUCCACUCUAUAUCUCGGAAGCGUCUCCAGCAAAGAUCCGCGGGGCCCUUGUUAGCACCAACGGGUUCCUUAUCACUGGUGGCCAAUUCCUGUCUUACCUGAUCAACUUGGCUUUUACCAAGGCUCCAGGAACGUGGCGGUGGAUGCUCGGAGUUGCCGGAAUUCCGGCCCUAUUGCAGUUCAUCCUCAUGCUUCUGCUCCCUGUCCCCCGUUGGCUUUUCCGCAAGGGAAGAGAAGAAGAAGCCAAAGCCAUACUAAGGAAAAUCUACCCCACAAAUGAAGUGGACAGAGAGAUACAAGAUCUCAAAGAAUCCGUUGAAUCCGAGAUCCAGGAAACCGGAUCUUCCGAGAAGAUAAACAUCAUGAAGUUACUGAAGACGAAAACAGUGAGGAGGGGGCUAGUCGCCGGGGUUGGACUUCAGGUCUUCCAGCAAUUCGUGGGAAUAAACACCGUCAUGUAUUACAGCCCCACGAUUGUUCAGUUGGCCGGAUUCGCCUCUAACCGGACCGCAUUGCUACUUUCACUCGUCACAGCCGGGCUCAAUGCAUUGGGUUCCAUCGUGAGCAUAUACUUCAUCGAUAGAACCGGGAGAAAGAAACUCCUCGUGAUCAGUCUGUUCGGGGUGAUAAUAUCUCUGGGACUUUUGUCCGCAGUUUUUCAUGAGACGAGUUCUCACUCGCCGCUGGUUAACCAGGCUCAAACUUCUCAAUUUGCAAACUAUACAUGCCCGGACUAUGGUUCGGCGACGAAUGCGGCUUCUUGGGACUGCAUGAAAUGCUUGAAAGCCUCUUCUCCUGAUUGUGGGUUUUGCGCUUCACCUGCUGAUAAGAUGUCUCCGGGGGCAUGUCUGAUCUCGAAUGACACCGUGAAGGAUACGUGCCACGCAGAGGACCGGCUGUGGUACACGAGGGGCUGCCCGAGCAAGUAUGGGUGGCUUGCACUUAUCGGCCUAGCCUUGUACAUCAUAUUCUUCUCUCCCGGGAUGGGCACCGUGCCUUGGAUCGUCAACUCCGAGAUCUACCCUCUCAGGUUCCGUGGGGUUUGUGGAGGGAUGGCGGCCACGGCGAACUGGAUCUCGAACCUCAUCGUGGCCCAGUCCUUCCUGUCUCUGACACAGGCAAUCGGGACCUCAUGGACGUUCCUAAUAUUCGGCGUGAUCUCUGUUGUGGCGCUGAUCUUUGUCCUGAUUUACGUGCCGGAAACAAAGGGGCUCCCGAUUGAGGAGGUGGAGAAGAUGUUGGAGCACAGGGCAUUGCAGUUCAAGUUCUGGGAGAAAAGCUCUAGCACAUCAGGAAAAACCAAGCUAUGUAAAGACACUACCAGAAGCCUAGGAAUUAGCCCAAGGAACUUUUGGGGUUCAAAGUGGCUUCCAAAUGCCACUCCCAAACGGAAGUACAUGGUUUGUCAACACCAGGGAUUAGUAGAUUUCAAUUAAGCUCGGGCUUAGGGUCUUGAGAAACGACCGCAGACGUUGUAUUCAUCGUUUCUAUCUUACCUUUUUGGUGUACUAAGGAAAUAAAAUACAAAAUUAAGUAAAAACUCUAUGAACUCAAGGAAAACUACACUCAUCUUGUCUUCCGAAGGCAAAAGUCGGACUUCAGGAGGAAAUUGAACGAAUUGCUAAAAUGCACAGUUAUGGGAACAAGGCCGGCGUCCCAUUUCCUUC